AUAAAUAACACCUGAGCGAGCGUGUACUGCAUCAGUCCGUGGUGUCACUGUUGGUCAUGCGUCCGUACAUCAAUGGUGACUGAGUGUUUGCGACUCUUUCGGAUUCGGAGAGACCCAAAUUGGUAAACCCGACCCGAUCCAAAUUAACCACUCUAGGUUGGCGGACCUAAUCGGAGGAGGGGUAAGUUUUACAGUAAAAUGUUGAAAUCUGGCUGAUUUUAUCUCGGGUAGUUCUUGUGCUGGACAGGUAAACUGGUUCGGAAGAAUAAUCUAAUUAUUUGAGUAAUUCUUCUGCCAUAGUGAGGCUAUGGAUCACGAAUCUGGCCAAGGAUUUGAUUCGGAUGAUAGUGACCUUGAUAUGCAAGCAGAAAUUAGUGAGAAACACCAGAAAUUAGAUGAAUUUUCAAAAAACCUAGAAUUAUGUGGAAGUGAAGAUGAGAAGUUUGUCGAACUACCCGCAACAGAAAUUCCAACAGAUAUAGAAGCUGUUGAACCAUUCAUAGGCAUGGAGUUCAGUUCAAGAGAGGAAGCGAGAGAAUUCUACAUUGCUUAUGGUAGGCGAAUAGGGUUUACAGUACGAAUACACCACAACCGUCGUUCACGAGUAAAUAACCAGGUUAUUGGUCAAGAUUUUGUCUGCUCAAAAGAAGGCUUUCGUGCAAAAAAGUAUGUACACAGAAAAGAUAGGGUGCUGCCUCCGCCACCAGCCACUCGUGAAGGUUGUCAGGCCAUGAUAAGGCUGGCUUUACGAGAUGGAGGGAAGUGGGUUGUCACCAAAUUUGUAAAGGAGCAUAAUCAUAAGCUAAUGAGUCCCAGUAAAGUUCCAUGGCGAGGAUCUGGGAAGCACUUGGUUAGCGAGGAUGAGAAGGAUAGGAGAAUCCGUGAGCUAUCACUUGAGUUGUACAAUGAAAGGCAAAAGUGCAAACGACGUUGUGCUGCAUAUGAAGAGCAGUUAAAUAUGAUUCUGAAUGAUUUAGAGAAGCACACCGAACAUAUUUCUGAAAAAGUUGCUGCUGUAGUACGAAGUAUUAGAGAGAUUGAGGAGGAAAAAUCAGAUUCAGAUAGUGGGUAAUUAGUGCUAUUAUAGCCUGUUUCCUCAUUGGAGACAUCCUGGUUGAGAUUGUCAAAGCGACAUUAAAGGCUAACAUUAUUUUGUCGGCAUUUAGAUGCGAUUUGCUUGAAGUAGUGUGUUUUAUCAUGUACCGUUCAAGUUAAACUUCAGGCACCAUAUAGUUUACUCGGAAAUUCAUUCUCUGGUGUUUACCAUUUCGUGGA